GGCUUCCUAGGCUCUUCUCAGCGAAUCAACUUACUCAUCAACUUACUCAAUACAAAAGUUACCUCUAUGGUAAAAUCAGUUCGCUAACAAAAAUGAUACAGUCUCAACUAGAUCCUCUGCCGGCUGACCUUCCCUUCCGAUUUAUAUCCAAGACCAUUGGAAGGGGAGCUUAUGCAUCAAUAAAAAAGGCCAUACCCCUGACUGCUUCAUCACCAGUCUUUGCAGUCAAACUGAUCCACAAGGGUUAUGCCAUUAAACAUGGCCGCAUCUCAGCGAAGCAAAUUGCUAUGGAGGUGUCCUUGCAUUCUCAUAUUGGUCAGCACCCCAAUGUGAUCGAAUGGUUCGCAACAGGCGAAGACCACGUCUGGAGAUGGAUAGCAAUGGAAUACGCUCAAGGAGGUGACCUCUUUGACAAGAUUGAAGCUGAUGUAGGUGUUGCUGAGGAUAUCGCUCAGCUUUACUUCUAUCAGCUCAUCAGCGGAGUGAGCUUCAUGCACUCAAAGGGUAUCGCGCAUCGAGAUCUCAAGCCGGAGAACAUAUUAAUGUCGGAGAAUGGCGACUUGAAACUAGCAGAUUUCGGUAUGGCAACUAUGUUUCAAUACAAGGGCCAAAGGAAGUUAAGCACGACCAUGUGCGGCAGUCCACCCUACGUUGCCCCCGAAGUAUUGUCAUGUGGCCGAGGGGAUCGGACAUCCAGUGAAGCAAACAAGUAUUCAGCUGAACUUGUAGACAUGUGGUCCUGUGGUGUUAUCUUAUUCGUCUUACUCGUCGGCAACACCCCAUGGGACGAACCAACUUCUCAGAGUUGGGAAUAUCAGGAGUACAAAAAGAUGAACGGUCGAAGUUCAGACAGUCUAUGGGAAAGGAUACCAACAGAGGCACUAUCUUUACUCAGGGGCAUGAUGAACAUCGAGCCAAAGAAGCGAUUCUCCUUUGCUCAGAUACGUCAACAUCCUUGGUAUACCCGACGCAACAAGUUCCUUGCAGCGGAUGGUAAAAUCACUGAUCCUCUAAAUCUAGCGACAGAGAUGCUAGAGAACCUACGAAUAGACUUUAGUCAAAAGGCCCCAUCAGCUCAAUGCGUAUCACAGCCAUCACAGGAUGCUAUGGAAAUAGAUAGCGCUCCACAUAGGAUAUCCUCAACUCAGCCGGAAACGCCGAUUAACGACGUGCUAUUUGACUGGGAGCGGCCAAUGCUGCGCUCUCUCGCCGUAUCCUCUACACAGCCCUUGUCACGCGCAGACGCAACACUACCCCCUAGCGCAACACAAUCUAAUUUCUUCGACGCCCUUGCUGAAGAACCCUCCAUGAGCCAGUUCUCCCAGACACCUGGCGUACCCCUUACUCUUACUCAACGCGCCCAGCGCUUCCGAGACAUUGUCCCACCACACUCAUUCACGCGGUUCUUUUCGCCCAUGCCGCCACAGUUGCUCGUCCAAAUGAUCAGCGACGCGCUACACAACCUCAACGUACCUCUGCCUUCGUCACCUCCUCACAUCGGCCAAGGCGACCACGUUUCGACCCUAAAGGUCAGGACUGUUGAUGAGCGUAAGCAGGGUCUCCACGGUGAGAUCCUAGUCGACAAGUACUUCCUCCCCGCGUCGCAGGAAUUACUCGAGGUGCGCUUCGUCAAAUUAAAGGGCGAUCCCCUCGAGUGGCGACGUUUCUUCAAGAAGAUCGUCCUCCUAUGCAAGGAUGGUGUGUAUAAACCAGAAGCUUAGAGGGAUUCUAGCAUUCCAUACUACUGAGGGGAUUGAUAAAGGGGGGCAGGAAAGGAUUAAGAGGUGUAAAUGUACGAAGUGGAGGGGAAUGGCGAAGAGCGGAGUAACUGGCAUGGCCGAGAUAGCCUUUGCUACUUUUGGGGUGCGUUGCUUUUAUCUCUAUUAGGCAAGCUAUGGCAUGGCAUAUGAGUUCGGGGAAGCGUUUGCGAUCACACUAUAAGGGAAAGGGAGGGGACUUUGCUUAAUUGAUUAAUAGGCGGCUAAGCUAGAUUAUACUGCUUUUACUACGAUGAGCACGGUAUAAUGGAUUGUAUUUUUAUAUUGAUAGAUGACCAUAGGGUCUAAGUGGGUUGCGUUGCUCUUUACACCUGUUCUCGGGGAGAGGGAGCUGCGGAGAGGGACUCAUGUUUCUGCAGGGCGCUUAUGACUAGGUAAAUUGCUAGCAGUCAAAUAUCUACAUCUUAGAGAUUA